UGCCUAUAAAUAAUGACCUCCGACCCUGCCCAUUUCAUCUUCACACAUCAAUCGGAAAUCUCGUCAGGUCAGGUCAGAUCAGAUCAGUUGCCCGAUUUCUUCACCGGAGAGCCAAGCCAGAAGCGCCGAGCAAGGAACGAUGUCCGGAAUCAUCCACAAGAUCGAGGAGACCCUCGGCAUGGGCGGCCACAAGAAGGAGGAGGAGCACAAGGGGGAGCAACACGGCGAGCACAAGCCAGAGCACCACGGUGAGCACAAGCCCGAGCACCAUGGCGAGCACAAGGGUGAACACCACAGCGGAGAGCACAAAGAAGGCCUCGUCGACCAGAUGAAGGACAAGAUCCACCACGGCGACGGAGAGGGGAAGAAGAAGAAGGAGAAGAAGAAGAAGAAGGAGCACGGACAUGGCCACGACGGCCACAGCAGCAGCAGCGACAGCGAUAGCGACUAGAAUUCUCGGUCCGAUCGGUCCAUCUGUCUUCAGUUACACGACCUCAAAAUCAAAUCGUUUGGUUCAUCGCUCAGGACAUGAUUCUGAUGGGAUGAUCGUUUCGAUUCCGCAGGUUCCGAUCGCAGUAUACCGAGAAGCCGCCGUGUUGUUACUGCUUGCUAAUGCUAUGUCUUUGAUGUCUUUUCCUUGUUUUCUAUGUUUUGCUUGUCGUUGGACGAUGCUAUCUUGUAAUCUAUGCGUGAGAUUGUAAUAAGAUCUUCGUCUUUGUACGGACUCGAAUGAUUUUUUGCCUUUA